GAGGCUGAGGCAAGAGGAUUGGUCAAGCCCAAGAGUUUCAGGUUGCUGUGAGCUGUGAUGCCACAGCACUCUACCCAGGACAACAGAGUUAGACUCCAUCUCAAAAAUAAAAAAAAGUCUUAUUGAUUAAGAGGCAUUAGCUGUUGGACAGGGUGGCUGCUAGAAACAACAUUAUGUGUGAAUUUUAAAAAGGCAUGCUCCCCCCAACCCCAGUAGAAGCAGCCCUUUUGGGUAGAGAAGGCUUGAUGGGCAGAAAGAAUGAAUGAAUGAAUGAAUGAAACAUGAGAGGUGCCUUGUUGGACCAGUGAUGAUGAUUUACCAUGCAGAAGGUGGAGAUCUGUUCAAAGGUCAACAAUACUCCCUAAUGGUGAGCAGCGUGUGGGCAGCUCUGGGGCUGUCCCUUACCUGCAUCUCAGCCCUCAGCCUCAUCUCCCCUGCGUGGUUCCAGACACACACCUUCUCCUUUGGUGUCCUCACCUACUGCUCUUCGCCUCAAGGUGACAGCUGGAACCAGAGCUGUGUGACCUUCAGGUCCCUCAAGGAUAUUCCUGACUUUGCUUGGAAGGUCUCAGCCGUGAUGCUUCUCGGAGGCUGGCUGCUAUUGGUCUUCAAUGCAAUUCUCCUCCUGUCCUGGGCCCUGGCCCCCAAAGGGCUGUGCCCAAGCAGGGUCAGUGGCCCAAUGCCAGGGGUGCAGGCAGUGGCAGGUAAAUACACUGGCACAUAUUUAAGUGCUGUAGACAUAUGGAAUGAAUGAGUGAAUGAAUGAAUGAGCCUAUGAACAGAGUCUGGACUUCUGGGUCAGACCUCAGAGAUAAAUCCGAGGAUUGUCAACUAUCUUGGUCCUGUAACAAGCCAGAAAUUGAGGGAAAGAAGAGAUGGCAUCCCUAAUGCCACCCAUUCAUGCCCUUACCCAACUCAGUCCUAAUAAUCUGUCCCCCUUGGGCCACCAUGGUUGGGCAGGCAUGUUGUGCACUACACAAAGAUGCACAUCCAAGAGCUCAGGAGAUGCUCAAGUCUUGGCCAUGCUGUACUUACUAAACUGUGAGCCUCAGGUGCUUUUCUCUAACUCACACAUAGCUUUCGGAUGCGGUGGCCUAAGUCUUGAUUGCAACCCUCAUUCAAUUAAUUCUCUCACCUGGGUUAUAGCAAUACUCCACACGGGGCUCCCUGCUGCCACCCUUUCCCCCUGGAGUCUGUCUGCCACACACUGGAAACUGAAAUCAGAUCAUGCUAGUCAGCUCAACUUAUCCACCCUCCAGUGGCUUCCCAUCACCCUGAGAAUAAAAUCUAAACUCUUUUACCUGGCCUAAGAUGGCUCACAUGAUCCUGCCCCCAUUCCCUCUCCAUCCGCAUCUCUCCUACUCUGCCAGGCUCAGUGUGUUCCAGCCGUCCUGGUUUGCUCUGUUGUUCACACACCCCAUUUUUGCUUCCUCUGCCUGGAGUUCUCUUUCUCCAGAUCUUCUCAUAUCUCACACCCCACUUCAUUAAGGGCGCUGCUCAGAUAUCACUGCCUCCACAGGGGGCUUCCGUGACCUCUAGUGAAGGGAGCUUCCCUCUCCUUAUAAUCUCCAUCCUUUUACCUUGCUUUAUCUAUUUUUGCAGCACAUCUUACUUACCUGAAAUAUCUUAUCUACCUACUUGAAUUUUGUCCACUCUUUUCCACUAAAUGUCAGCUCCGUGAGAGUAAGGACAUGUCUAUGUGCCUUCUUAUCACCAGGGCCUAGCACAGUGCUCCACACAUCUUAGAUAUCCAGUAAUUCCAAGUCACUGGAAUUUGCUGAGUCAAUGGGUAGAGAUACGGUCCUUGCUCUAGGCUCUAGUGUCUAGUUGGCAGGGCUUGGGAGGAUUAGGUGGUUAC